CAUACCAACAUGUUGGCACGUGCCGAUCUUUAGCAUGAUUUGGCUAUGCCAAUCAACACUGCAGAAAGAGAUGAGCAAAAAGAAAAAACAAACGAGUUCUUUGCAAAUUUGCGUUGGGUCUGUUUACUUGGGGGCCACUUUGGCAAACAUUUUUACUAUAAAAUGGCACUUGAGGUGCUCUAACAGCAACAGUCGCUCAUCAGCUUUAAUCCGAGUAGCAAAUCUAAAACCAAACUUCCAAAAAUGUUCCGAAUUAUUGUCAUCUUCGCCCUGGCUACUAUUGCUGCUGCUGCGCCUGGUUACGUGCCACAAUAUGUGGCUGCACCCGUUGUUGUGAAGCAGGUGGUACCCGUCGUGCACCAUGCCUAUGUGGCUCCAGUUGUCGUGAAGCAUGUGGUUCCCGUUGUGCACCAUAAGACCGUCAUCACUCCGGUGGUGAAACAUGUUGCAGUUGCCCCUGUUGCUCACGUCUACCAUAAGCAUCCAUUCUACUAAU